AUGCGGAAUUUACCAGAGCGCUUUUUUAGAAAAGCGCUCCUAUCGUUGUCCGCCGCUGUUCGCUGUUCCAGAUCGUCGUUCGCCACUGUUUGCUGUUCCAAAUCAUCGUCUGCUGUUGUUCAUUGUUCCAGAUUAGUGUUCAUCGCUAUUUGUGCGGCUGCUGUACAUCGGAGGAAGCGACACCGUGAAGACCUCCGUUGUAGCCGUGUGUCAUUGCUGUACAGCCGAGGAAGCAACGCUAUAAAGACCUCCGCUACUGCCGUGAAGACUUUCGUUUUCUGCCGUGAAGACUACACUGUGAAGUUGCUACGACGUCGUUGCACCCAGGAGUGCAUUUUCGCUCCUUACUUCCCUUUUGAUGAUCCUCAAAAGUUUGCCAUCGUCCACAAAGUCUUCGGUGUCAGCAAUAUCAGCAAAAUGUUGCAGGAGCUUCCACUGCAUCAAAGAGCGGAUGCAGUUAGCAGUCUGGUGUACGAAGCGAACUUGAGAGUGAGAGAUCCGAUGUACGGAUGCGUCGGAACUAUAUCCUAUCUGCAAAAUCAAGUUUCACAGUUAAAGACGCAGCUUGCAAUGGCUCAGACAGAGAUUAUGUGCAUCCAGAUGCAGCAAGAUUAUUCUACAAACUUAUCAACUCAGAUUGAUCAUUACCAAGAUGACAAUAAGUCGCUUGUCUUAUCUGAUAACAACUAUGAAAGCUGCAAUAUUAAUCAUAAUCUUGCUGAUCAUCAUCAUCAUCAUCAGUAUCUCAGUUUUGCUUCUUCUUCUUCCUCGUCUAGUAAUGUAAUCCAGGACCCUUUUAUGAGGGAAUCAUUUUGGACUUAG